AUGGGGGCCACUACUUCCUGGGGGGAGCGGGCCUCUGAUGGUGGCAGCAGCAUCCCCCUGAUCCAUGAGGAAGAGGAGGAGGAAGUGAUGGUGGCAGCUGAAGGCAUGCUCACUAAGAAGUAUGGUCCAGUUUUUACUAUCUGGCUAGGAGUAAAGCCAAUGGUUGUGAUUUGUGGAUAUGAAGGAGUGAGAGAUGCUUUGGUAACUCAUAAUGAAGAAUUUAGUGGACGGCCACCUAUAGCUCUCUUUGCUCAAAUAACCAAGGGCUAUGGGCUUAUUAGUGAACAUGAAAGAUGGAAGGUUUUGCGUCGUUUUGCUCUCACCACACUACGGAACUUUGGAAUGGGAAAGAGGUCGAUGGCUGAGAGAAUAUUGGAAGAGGCUCACUGUUUGGUGGGGAAGAUAUCAACCUUUGAAGGUCAGCCCUUUGAUAUAGUUCCAGCCAUCACAGCGUCUAUUUCUAAUGUGAUGUGCUCUGUUGUCUUUGGGAAUCGAUUCUCUUAUGAAGACAAAAAUUUCACUGAACUAUUGGACAUCUUUAAGACAUUUAAUGGUUUUUUCCUGAGCAUUCCUGGAGUGAUGUACAGUGCUUUGCCAAAUAUCAUGAACUUCCUUCCUGGGCCUCAUAAGAAAGUCUUCUCUGACUGUAACAAGGUCUGUGACUUCAUUAGAAGUAAAGUGGACUCUCACAAGAAGACCCUGGAUCCAGAGAAUCCUAGAGACUUUAUUGAUUGCUUCCUUAUUAAAUUAGAAAAGGAACAAGUUUCUUCUGUAAUCUGUAUGGAAGACUUGGUUAUGUCUGUGUUUGACAUCUUCCUUGCCGGGACAGAAAGCACAGGCACUACCAUCUCUUUUGGCCUUAUCAUUUUGGCCAAGUUUUCACAUAUCCAAGCAAAAGCCCAGCAGGAAAUUGAUGAGGUUGUGGGAACAAACCGUGCCCCCUGCAUGGAGGAUAGAAUGGAGAUGACUUAUACCAAAGCAGUUAUUCAUGAGAUCUUACGUUACCUGCAGGCAAGUAUUGAGAACUUCCCACGUAUGACAACUCAGGAUGUGAAUUUCAGAGGACACUUCAUUCCUCAGGGCACAACUGUUCUUCCAUUAGGAGUUUCAGUGCAUUUUGAUCCUCUCUGGUGGGAAGAUCCUGAGAAGUUUGACCCGGGUCAUUUCUUGAAUGAGAAGGGCGAAUUCCAAAUGAACAACGCCUAUUUUCCUUUCUCUGCAGUUUCUGUUACCUCAUGGAUGGAAGAGAAGGGAGGAGAGGCUUCUAUCUACUGCGAGGAGAGGGAAAUUGGAUAG